AGGGGAUUUGAUUUAGUAUGUCGAGAAAGGCCAUUUGCUUCAUGAAACCACGUCAGUGUCUAUGACAUUUUCUAGACAUAUAUUUCUUGAUUAAUUUCCCAAGACCUUCUUUCUUGGUAGUAAUAUAAAUAACAGUAACCCUUAAGAAACAUUAUGCAGUAGAGAGAGAUGGCAGAAGAAAUAUCCAGCAAAGUUUUUGAAGCACAUCCUAUGAAUGGUGGAGAUGGGCCCAACAGCUAUGCCAAGAACUCAAUUUACCAGAGACGAGUUGUGGAUAUUGCUAAAGAGCUCAUGAACAAGGCAAUUCUAGAAAAGCUUGACAUAGACAUGUCCAACACCUUCUACAUUGCAGAUCUGGGUUGCUCUGUUGGUCCAAAUACAUUUUAUUCAGUGGAAAAUAUACUUGAAACCGUGCGGUCCAAGUAUCAAAUCCAGGGGCAGAAAUCCCAAAUCUCAGAGUUCCAAGUUUUCUUUAAUGAUCAUGCUGAAAAUGAUUUCAACAUGCUCUUCAAAUCCCUCCCUCAGAACAGGCAAUACUUUGCAGUUGGUGUGCCUGGUUCUUUCCAUGACCGUCUAUUCCCUAAUGCCUCGAUUCACAUUGUCCACUGUUCUUAUGCCAUUCAAUGGCUUUCAAGAGUACCAGAAGCGGUAGUUGACAGUAGCAGUUCUGCUUGGAAUAAAGGACGAAUCCAUUAUUCAAAUUCCACAGAUGAAGUAAUAAGGGCUUAUGAAACUCAAUGUAGUGAGGACAUGGAGUGCUUCCUGCAUUCCAGGGCACAAGAGAUUGUGUAUGGAGGGCUGAUAAUACUUACGAUUCCAGGCCGCCCUGAUGGAACUCCGCACUCUCUAUCUCAGGCAAAUAUGACCUUACAAUUUCUAGGAUCAUGCCUCAUGGACAUGGCUGAAAAGGGAGAUGUUAGUGAAGAGAAAGUAGAUUCAUUUAACAUACCUAUGUAUACCAUGUCUCCCCAAGAACUGAAAGCUGCAGUUGAACGAAAUGGAUGUUUUAGUAUAGAGAUAAUGUCAGAGUUACCUCAUCAGUCGAUAACUAACACAAUCUCCCUAUCUCAACUACUUGCCUCACACCUGAGGGCCGGCAUGGAGGGGAUUGUCAAGCAGCACUUUGGAGAAGAUAUCAUAGAUGAGCUGUUUGACCUGUAUCAGAAUAAGUGUGAAGAAAAUGCCUCCAUAUUUAAGUUAGGGAAGUCACUUAGCUUUCUUGCUGUGCUUAGGCGCAUUGCAGAUUGAUCGGUUUGGACCAGGUUACUGGUCAAGCAAUUGUUGAAUUUCCCUUUAGCUUCCUUAUUGCUUGUAUAACUACAGAACAAAGUGACAAUCCAAAUGUAUGGAAUAAAUGUAGUUGAGGAUUUACCUGCAGUAA